AUUGGAUGUAAUGUCUUAGAAGGAAGGUCUUCGAUUAAAGUUAUCGAUUGCGCCAUAAAAGGAAGCAGCCGUUCCUUUCUCGCCGCUCGUUCCUCCUACUUCUCCUCUUAUCAUCGAAUUGCCAGCCUCUUCUCGCGUCUUUUUCUCAGUGCAUUCUCCCUUCACCAUGUAUUGUCUUUUGGUCGAGUGUUCUUCGCGUUGCGGAGUCGUUAGUGCACGUCGCUCGAAUGUUCGAGGGUUCGCGAAAAAAUGGCGUCUUGCACGUUUCACGCGUCCAACACAAGAGCAGCCUUUCUUCUCUUUUUUUCUCCUUUCUUCAUUCUCUUUCUUUUCUUAUAAACGAGAAACUAUACGUCCAUGGUUUCAGUAAAAGACUGGUUGCGAUAGAAUCCUAGAAAUCCAGAAAAAGAACGCGUUACUAAUGCGUAAACUUUAGUGCGAUUCUUCUAUCUAUAGAAGUCGUUAAAUGUAUUCGAUGAAAUAAUGUUUCUUUCUAUAUAAAAUAAUUUUGGACGAAAAAUUUGGAUUAGAUUUGGAACAUAUUAAAAAGAAGUUAUUAUUUCGGAUAAAGAUAAAACAAUGAAAAUCAACGAAGGAAAUCCUGUGGCGACUACUGCCUUUCCUCCAGAAUCGAUGACCACUUCCACCGGAAGUUUCGAUGGCGAUUCCCGGACAACUUCCCCUCUUUCAUCGACAUUCUCCAUCGAGGACUGUGUUUACAGAGGCGAAGGGAAUGCUAAUAUCGUCGUUGCACUGCCACGAGAGCAUAAGGUAAUUCGAUUCCGGAAGUCGGUGCCAGACAAUGUUUCACCGGAUGAUGGCAAACAACGAGCCGAACGUGAAGUGGAAUUCGUUAGGUUUGUGGCUUCCUGCUUUUUGGGCCCAUACACGCAAAUCCCUGAGAUUCUUCGUUACGAUGCGAAAGAUAUUACUAAACUUUCAGAAGCCAUUCGACCUCUUCGAUCAGAUAAACGUCGUAAUAAGGAAAUUAUGGAGACAUAUGCCACCAAAUUUCCAGACUACACAUUCCUUCGAACAAAAUUCGAUACAAAUCUUUUUCGAACUAAUGAAACAUUUUGUGUGGAAAUUAAACCAAAACAAGGCUAUUUGCAAGAUAUUGAUCAAAAAUUCCAAAAGUGUCCUUAUUGUUUGACACAAUAUUAUAAGUUAAAGAAGAAGAUGAUCACAUGUCGCAGUACUUAUUGUCCAUUUGAUCUCUUUUCUGGAGUAGAAACACGCAUGAAAUCGGCACUAAAAGGAUUAUUAAAAUCACCUCAAAAUAAUUUAAAAAUUUUUAAGAAUGGUAUUCUAGUCUAUGAUCAAGAAUCAUCUUUAAGCGAUCUUGAAUGUGCUUUAUCUGAUUGGUUUCGUAAUUCUAUUAAUUCCACAAAAAAGGAAUACAUUGAUAAAUUCUGUAAUUUGAUUUGUACUGCUCUUUUACAUCCAUUUAUUUUAGAAGAAUAUAAGUCUAACAUAUUUUCUUCUUAUGAAUUAUACACAUCUGAUGCACAUGAUUUAAAAACAACUUCCUAUAUUAAUACAGAUCUAAUUGCAAAAACUAAAAAAUUUUUGUAUUUCGCUGGAGAGGCGUGCGAUUUAAAAGGUGAAACAUUACCAAAUAAUUCAGUGCUAGAACGAAUUCUUCGUAUGCAAAGGCUACCCUUUAUUAGUUCAGAAUAUGUUUAUAAUACAUAUUCAAAAUUUUAUUCAUUAUUAAAUGACGAUAUAAUAUAUACUAAUAUGAUAAAUAUGUUUAAACUUAACGAUCAUCGAAUAUCUUAUUUCAAACAAAAAAAAACUAUUACAGAAAAUCCUGAAAUAUUAAAAGAAGCUUAUAUACAAACAUGUGCCAAAGAUAUUUCCACUUCAAUAAAAUCAAAGUUUGAUGACGAUUAUAGUAGUAACAAACAUAUUAAUGGAUUAAAUGAAAAUAUUUUUCUUAUACAAAAAUCAAUCUUAAUACCAAUGCAUAUUGAAAAAAAUAAUUUAUGGUACAAUAAAUAUAGCACAAUACAUAAUGAAAAUAAUAUACACUGUAACGAAAAAGAAACAUAUUUAACUAUAAAUACCGAAAAUUUAUUAUGUUUGCAAAAUUAUUUAUUGUUUUCAUGUGCUAGAGAUUGUUCGAUAUUAAUGUCAUUUCGAGAAAUAAAUCCAAAUGCAAUAUCAUCUACCGUCGAUAAAAAUGUAAUACGACUUCCGGACGGACUCAGCUUUGUUUGUAACAUCGGUAUUUCAGAUAUAGAUCCGAAAAGUUUACAUUGUAUUGAAAAACAUCGUCAACGGGAUAUUGAUGUCUUAAAUUCAGUAAUAUCUCUUUUGGAAGAAGAACUUAUGAUUAAAAAUCAAUCAUCAUCAUUUGAAAAAUAAUUUAUAAUAGUAAGCGAUUUCUAACUAAAACUUUAUUGUAUAAUACGUGUUCCUAUAUAUCAUA